AUGACUGAACCUGUCGCACCCUCUGCUGUUUACAGCAUCCGUUCCGAGCCGGUUGGUCUCCGUAUAGCCACUGGCGGAUCUGGUCAGUCUGGUCUAUUGGAAGCGUUGGCCAAGGAGUUUGUCAAAUAUUGUGUUGAAAAAGGAGUCGAGCCUUUCCUUGUCGAAUGGUACAAGUCCGACACAACCUUUUCGAUUGAGAAUCUGCGCAAACAAAUCGUGGACGUUGGUAUCACGUACCAUGCUGUAGCUGAACAAACUGCGUUGGACGACGGUGUCAUUGAUCGAGUCGAAUAUGCGUGGCGGGAUCAUUGGAUGCUUGUCGGGCCGAAGGACAAUCCUGCAGGGCUUGAGAAUGACCAGUCCACUGUCUACUCUCUGUUUACCAGGUUGUUUAGUGCAAUGGAAGAGAGUAAGGAUUCUCCGAGGCCCAUCAAAUUUUUAUCGCGGUAUGACAAGUCCGCUGGAAACAUUGUAGAGUCCUUGUUAUGGGCCACUAUUGGCCAGGUACCAUGGGCCGAUCCCCCAACCUCGUGGUAUCAUAUGUUCCCUGGUUUCCCCUUCCAAGCUAUCCGGGAGGCGGCCAACAAGGGCGAAUAUACUAUCACAGAUAAGGGAACGUUUUGGGCGGUUGAAAAAGAGACCAGAGAUAAGCUCACAAUCUUUGCCGAAGGGAAAGAUGACGAAAACGACCCUCUUCUAAACCCAGCCCAUGUUUUGGUUGGCAAGCAUGCAAAGAAUAAGCAAAGAGCCAGCGAAUUCGCUGACUGGAUUGGCUGGGAACACGGUGGCCAGCAGGUCAUCAAGGACUUCCAGAAGAAUGGAAAGGUUCUGUACUCGACUAUCCCAGUCGGCGUCGAUCCCCUAGGUCGAGUAAAAGGGAUUAUAGGGUUUUCAAGCUCCGUCAAAGCAGCUGUCCCGGUGCCCUCACACGACGACAUUUACUUUUUCAACAACAAACAGUACACUCGCGUCAAUCCAUACACAGACACCAUCUACACAUAUGUGACGGACAUCUUUCCUAUGUGGCCUGGUCUUUACCAGAUUGGCUUUGCCCCAGUCAAUGCCGCCUUUACCACUCCAGAGGAUCCCAAUGAAGCAUACUUCUUCUGUGAGACUCGAUGCGCGAGAGUCAACCUCAUAAGUGGCCAGCUCGCCACUGGUAGCGCCGUAUUCCAUUUCCACGCAAAAUGGAGUGGCCUUAAAGACGCUGGUUUUGACACUGUCGAUGCUACAGUAUCUUUUGCAUUCAUAGGAAGCGGCUAUGAAAACGCCGUCUGUUUCUUCCGUAAAGGCAAAUACGCCCUAAUCGAUGUUUACCAGAACAGAACCUUCGAAUCGGGCGACAUUUCCUCGCGCUUCAAAGCCCUGGAAAAAGCCAAGUUUAAGAAGAUUGAUGCGGUCGUGUUUAAACCAGGAAAGCAAAAACGCGAGGCAUACUACUUCUCUGGUACACAGUAUGUUCUCGUCGAUUUACCCGGUGACUAUAUUGCCUCCGGACCUCAUGAUGUGGGGAGUUCGUGGAAAUCUUUGAGGGCUGCUGGCUUCUACUGA